AUGCCGUUAAAAGAUGAAAAACCUCGGCUUUUUCUUGAAGAAUUUAGUGUGAAGAAGGCACCCAAUGAUUACGGUAUGUCUGAUGGAAAGUGGAACUUCAAAAAGUUUACUAAAAAAUUUCGCAUUGUUAUUGUGCGGAUGGAUAAUUUUGAAAUGGAGUUUGAUUUGAUUGGAAUACAGCCUGCAUUUGCCAAUGCGUUUCGUAGAUUGAUGUUAAGUGAAGUUCCAAGCAUGGCCAUUGAAAAAGUUAUGAUCAGAAAUAACACUUCGAUUAUCCAGGAUGAAGUACUAGCACACAGACUGGGAUUGAUUCCUCUUAAAGCAGACCCCAGAUUAUUUGAAUAUCGUCAAGAAGAUGCAACAGGAGGAACAGAGUUUGAUACUAUAGAGUUUACAAUGAAAGUAAAGUGUACUGUAAAUAAAUCACAACCAAAGGAUUCAUACAGAGCUGAAGACUUGUAUGAAAAUCAUAGUGUAUAUUCAUCUCAAAUGAAAUGGCAGCCCAUGGGGAAUCAAGCCUCUAUACAUAAGGAAGCUGACAUUGGUCCUGUGCACGGAGAUAUACUUGUAUCAAAGAUGAGGCCUGGCCAUGAACUGGAUCUAAGCCUUGUAGCUGUCAAAGGCAUUGGAAAAGACCAUGCUAAGUUUUCUCCAGUUGCUACGGCUUCAUACCGCCUUCUACCUGAAGUGACCCUCACACGUGAAGUGCGCGGCGGGGACGCUACGCUUCUGCAAAGUUGCUUCGCGCCAGGAGUCAUUGGCAUUGACUCAGAAGGGCGAGCUUAUGUACGAGAUGCCAGAUACGACACUUGCAGUCGAAAUGUCUAUAAAUAUGACGAAAUUAGAGAUGCUAUCAUUUUGAGCCGAGUAAGAGACCAUUUCAUAUUUAAUGUGGAAUCUGUUGGAGCUUUGCAGCCUAAUGUUAUAUUUGUGGAAGCUGUUAAAAUAUUACGAGAUAAGUGUAAAUCGUUUCUGGAUGAGCUAAAUAAAUUUAAUUAA